AUGGACGUACAUGAUGGAAGCAUAAGGAACUUACUUAAUGCUAACAAUAACUUACCAGGAACUAUUAAAGCAUUUAUAAAGUCCUUUGUAAAACCUGGUGCUCUAACAUUUAGGUCUUUGAGAGCAAGAGCAUUGAAGUCAAGAGAUGCAGAAACUCCAACAGAACCUACAGAAGGAACUGAAACAACAGAAACUCCAGAAGAACCACCAAAACCAACGGCAAAUGAAAUAUUGUUCGAAUAUUUUCCAAGGUACUCUGUUCUCAUUGCAUACAUUCAAGAAAUACUUAAGAAAGCAGACUUGACUUUAGGAGAUGAUGAAAGUUCUGUAUAUCUUUCGUUCCAGUUUCAAAUAGCAGAACUUUUGAGACAGAUAUGCUUAAUGUAUGACAACAUCUCUGAUUUCACAAGAUAUGAUGACGACCAUAACCCCGAACACGGUGAAGAAGAAGUUUUACAAACAUCCAUUAAGACAGGAAAGGUUUUAACUCAAAGUCUCAUUAUUGACACCAAAGAUGGCGAAGUGGACGUUCUUCAAGAGCUGAAGAAAAAUACUUCUUCGGGAGGUGGUGGUAGGCAUGAACUUGAAAUAAAUGAGAUAGAAGAGAAAUUAGCCGAAAAAGCAGAUAAAAACCAUGUUCAUUAUAUAAGUUCAGACGAACAGAUUAUAACGGACUACCAUGGAUAUUUAACACAGGAUGAACAAAUAAGCACUGAAGAUGUUAAUGAAAGAAGAUAUAAAUUCAUUCGUGCUAAAGGUUAUGACAUACGCUGUACUGUACAGUAUGACACAGGUAAAGCACCAGAAGCAUUUGGUUAUAACAAUGAAAUUUAUGCUUCAUACUUCUUUGUUAACGGUGUAUUAGUUGAACCAAGAUUUACUUUGAGAGUUAAGGCAAAAAUAACUUUUGAAGAUGCUAUUAAAAGUAAAGCCAGCAAAGAUGAACUUGACGCAACGAACAAA